AUGGGAAAUCCAAAAAUAAUGGAGUGGACACGCAAUCAUAAGCUGCUAAUAUUUUUCAUGAUAGUAGCUCUGUGCUUUUUUGUAUCGACCGUAGCACUAGCGACUAUGGAUAAAAAUAAACCACUUCUUGAACACAAACCUGCUGAUAGCACAAGUAAGCACAAUGGACAAAACGAAAGUAACGAAAAUAAAGAUGACCUUAGAUACUACAGACUCCCAAGAAGUGUUGUACCAGAGAACUACAAACUUUUGCUGAAACCUAACGUAACGAAUAACUCAUUCGCUGGAUCUGUGCUAAUUACAUUAUCAGUGAAGCAAAAAGUUAGAACAAUCAAACUACAUGCACACAAUUUGACCAUUCAUGGAGUUAGCUUAUCUAACAAUGUCAGUAAAGGCGUUAUUCCAAUACGCUCUACAAAUAUGUCUUUAGAUGCAAGGGAGCUGUUGUUUAUACAUUUAGAAAAUGAAUUAGACAUUACGCAAUACAAGCUGUUUAUUAUAUUCUCUGGUAGAUUGGAUAAUAAAAUAGUUGGAUUUUAUAAAAGUCAUUUAAAAGGUGGUGGGACAAUGGUUGCGAGUAAAUUCCAACCAACUUAUGCUAGACAAGCAUUCCCUUGCUUUGAUGAGCCAGAUUUCAAGGCUACUUAUGAUAUCACCUUGUGGAAACCACCGACUUACACUGCUCUUUCCAACAUGAAUGAAAUCUCAACAACAUAUAAUGAACUUGUUCAAAUGGAUAAAGUCACAUUUGCAACCAGUGUGCCCAUGUCCACAUACUUGGUUUGUUUUGUUGUCUGUGAUUUUGAUUACAAAGAGACUGAAAUUAGCUCAGGCGGAAUUGGAAAGAACUUCAAGCUCCGAUCAUAUGCUCAGAAGCAGAAUCUGCACAAAAUCGAUUUUGCUCAGGACAUUGGAAAGAGAGCCACUGAAUUUUACAUCAAAUACUAUGAAGUGCCAUUCCCUCUACCUAAAUUAGAUAUGAUAGCCAUCCCCGAUUAUGUGUCUGGAGCAACGGAGCACUGGGGCCUAAUCACAUAUAGACAGACAUCAUUCCUCGUGGACCAGGCUACAUCUUCAUCUGCUAAUAAAAUAAAUGUUGCCAACACAAUUGCUCAUGAACUCGCACACAUGUGGUUUGGAAACUUAGUAACAAUGAAAUGGUGGGAUGAGGUCUGGUUGAAUGAAGGUUUCGCUUCAUACAUGCAAGCUAAAGCCUUAGAUGCUAUUGAGCCAAGCUGGAAAGUUUUGGAUAACUUCCUAACUAAAGUGUUGCAUCCAGUGCUAGGGAUUGACGCAAAAUUGUCCAGCCACCCGAUAGUACAAACUGUGGCCACACCUGAUCAAAUUACAUCCAUUUUUGACACUAUUUCUUAUAAUAAGGGAGCGUCAAUCUUAAGAAUGUUGGAGGGUUUCAUUGGGCAAGAAAACUUCCGUCACGGAGUCUCAGAUUAUUUGAAGAAAUACGAGUUUGGUAACACUGUAACUCAAGAACUGCUAUCUUCACUAGAACCUUACUUCAAAAGAGAUUUCCCCGAUUUGAAUCUUACAUACAUAAUGGACACAUGGACCCUUCAAAUGGGUUACCCAGUGUUGCAAGUAAAACGUGGUCACGAGGCCGAUACCUUUGCUGUAUCGCAGUCACGAUUCCUAAUCGAUCCUGAUGCAGUUUACCCCAACGAUUCAAAGUUCAACUACAAAUGGUUCGUGCCUAUUACAUACAAGACUGAUACUGCAACAAAGAAUGAAAUUACAUGGCUGGCUGACACGGCACAAGACGUAAAAUUGAAAAUAAAUCCCAAUGACAAAUGGCUGAAGGUUAACAUCAACCAAGUAGGUUACUAUAGAGUGAAUUAUGAAGAAACCAAUUGGCAAGCUCUCAUUGAAGCGUUGAAAUCUAAGUCUAAGCAGCUCAGCGGCGCCGACAGAUCACAUCUGCUGGACGAUGUUUUUGCUCUAGCUGAAGCGCGAGCUGUGUCUUACAACAUAGCUUUGGACCUUACCACUUAUUUGCUAGUUGAAGAGGAGCUGACUCCUUGGCAAACAGCUCAACAUGUCUUUGCUGAUCUAGAAGGUCACCUGCAGUACUCUUUGGUUCAUGAUCAUCUGAUGAAAUACGUUCAGCGCAUAAUUCGUCCGAUUUAUGCGAAACAGAAUUGGGACGCAGUAAACUUACCCGUUAUUGACAGUUUGCUGCGAACAAGGAUAUUGUCACUGGCCGUCCACUAUCAGGUGCCCGAGGCAGUAGAGAAAGCAAAGAAUAUGUUCUACCGAUGGCUGAACACUCACGGCACGCCAGAGGAGGCGCCCAUACACCAAGACUUGCGUGAAAUGAUUUAUUAUAACGGUAUGAAGUCCGCGUCUAUGGCUGACUGGGACAAACUAUGGGCAAUCUACAAGAAAGAGGAAGAUGUCCAAGAAUUGUUGAAAAUUCGCAAGGCUUUAUCAGCACCACGUGACACUGCUAUACUCCGCAAGUUCUUACUGAUGGCGUGGGACGAGGCUAACAUUCGAAGCCAGGACUACUUGACCGUAGUAGUGAACAUAAGUACGAACCCGAGUGGCACGGCGCUGGUGUGGGACGACGUGCGCGCCAACUGGCCGCGCCUCGUGCAACGGUUCACUCUCAACAGCCGGUACCUUGGGGGCAUCAUUCCUGCCAUCACUUCGUCUUUCAAUACUGAUCUUAAGCUUAAAGAGAUGGAAUCGUUCUUCGGCCUUUACCCCGAAGCGGGUGCAGGAGAAACCGGACGGCGACAGGCGUUAGAAAGUGUUAAGAACAACAUUCGUUGGAGUACGUACCACUUGAAACAAGUCACAGCGUGGAUCGACGCUCACUAUCAAUCCUGA